AUGCCGGCGACGACGACAUCGGCCCCCAGCCAAACCCCCGGCCAAACCCCGGUCGUCAACAUCACGGCCGCACACAUCAUCAAGUGCGCCAACCCCAAGAGCGUAGACCACCUCCCGUCGCCUUUCCGACUUGGGCCCUUGGAUCACUUUGCCCAUACCGCCGUCCCCACCGAUCUGGUCUACGUCUACGAGAAGCCCGAUUUCCUUCAGGCCAGGGAUUUUAUUCCCAUCGCACGACUGCAUGACGCCAUCAGCACCCUCCUCAACUACUACCCCCAUUUGACGGGCCGCCUCGCCGUUGACCCUUCCAAUGGCGUCCGGAGUAUCACCAAGCUGGGCACGGGCGUCUCCCUGUUUGAAGCAUCUUGCGACCAGCCGCUGUCGCCGUCUCCAGAUCAAGACCAUAUUGAGAUGACCAAUCUCCCAGGGGCAGGAGAAGCGCUGAUUCCUCCCUCAUUCCCUACAGAAGCGAUGCUGGCUACUACGGCUCACUGGGAUCCCUCUUUCGACGAGGAAGCGGGCAUCCAGCGCGGUCCCCUUUUGCUAAUCCAACGUACCCAGUUCAAGUGCGGCGGCGUUGCCAUCGGGUACCGUAUCUCCCACGCCGUAUGCGCCGCAGAGGGGUGCAUUCACUUGUACCAAGAUUUGUGCGAAAUCUACCGCAAGCUUUCUCGUGGUGAAGCCGGGAUUCUGGACCGCCUACCGCACAUCAUUUCCUUUGGCGCCGACCGAAUAACCACCCCCAAUGAGGAAGCAAAAAAUCAUGCCAUGGAACAUCCGCCCUUGGGCUACCUCGUCUCCUCCCAACCAGACGAAGCACUAGGCGGCGAUGCCGACAAGCACAUGAAGAGUACAGUCUCCUCAGACACCGCUGUCCAAGAACAUCCCAUCGCUAUCGCCGACACUUAUCUGCACUACUCCCCCUUUGAACUUGCCAACCUCAAAAUCAAGGCUACCAACCCCAACGAUCCUGACUCCUGGGUAUCCACGUUUGAAGCCCUCCUUGCCCACCUGUGGCAGCAAACCCACCAGGCCCGCGUCCGCGCCGCUUCCGAUCAAGCCCAUCGUAUGCCCACCGGCGACCCCAAAAGCGUCCCGACACCCAGCUUUUGGACCAACAUCAACUUUUCCCAUUCCAACCGCCUCGACCUCGCUGGACAAAGCAAGGGGAUGGGAAAGAGUCAUUACUUUCCCAAUGCCGUUCUUCCCGUUUUCUUAACCGUAGCCGAGGACGAUACGAUUGACUUGUACGAUGCCCCGCUCUGGCAGGUGGCCAAACUAGUACACGAGGCGAUACGCCAUCCCGAGACUGCUAGCACCGAAUACGCUUUGGCGGUCACCAACUGGAUGUGUGACUUGCCCGACAAGCGCCUGGCCAAAGUCGACUUCAACCUGUUUGCGAGGUGGUGCUUUGUGAAUACGGAUUGGAGCAAGUACGAGCUGUAUGGGGAGCGGACAGCGCUGGAUCGGGUUGAGGCAGUGUUGGCAGCCCCGCCAUUCACAGCGAUAUCGAGGUUGGAUGGCUUUACGACUUUUGUUCAAGCGAGAGAAAGGGGAGGGAUUGACGUAAGGUUGACGAUGAACAAGGCGGCCUCGGGAUAUUUGGAGGGAUGAUUUGGGCAUGGUAUCCCUAGGACAAGGCGGGAGCUGUAGCGGGUAGGAGAACCUGGGUACUCGAAGGAUCUGACCGAGGAAGUUUUGGCCGG